CUGAAAAGUGCGUUUACGUCAGGACUGCCGACUUCUGCAAGGCCCAGGUGAGAAAGAGUCCUGGGCGAGAGUCUUCCUGGGUUCUUUGGGGCUUGAGCAAAUCUUUACCCUAACUGGAAAGAAUCCUGAUGGAAAUUCCUUGUGAGUAGGAACCCUGGUACUAUGGAUCAUCUAUAUUUGCUUUGAAACAUGCUUUGGAUUUUUUUUCUGGAAGCCCUAUAAAUACUGUAAAAAUUCAGUGUAUUGUUGUAAAGACCUAUGGUGAAGCGACUUCCAGUCAUUUGGAAAGGAUGGGAUGAAAAGGAACCUUGGUGAUAAUUUUGAUGUCUGCAAGAUUUAGUACCAGUGUAAUGGGAUUAUCGGUAACACCUUCACUGCAGAAAAAGCCACCUGGCGUUAUAACUGGCAGCAACUGAGAACUAAUCCUUUCCCAUCUCUUGGAUGUCAUUCAUGAAGCUCAAAGAGAUUUCUUUCCUGCUAACUGUGAUUAAUUUUAUAAACAACAACAGCAAAAAAAUCAGGCCAAUGGUAGCAGAGUCUACAUAGAACUAUGCUUCGUGGUGUUCUGGGAAAAACCUUUCGACUUGUUGGUUAUACUAUUCAGUAUGGCUGCAUAGCUCAUUGUGCUUUUGAAUACGUUGGUGGUGUUCUCAUGUGUUCUGGACCAUCAAUGGAGCCUACAAUUCAAAAUUCAGAUAUUGUCUUUGCAGAAAAUCUUAGUCGACAUUUUUAUGGUAUCCAAAGAGGUGACAUUGUGGUUGCAAAAAGCCCGAGUGAUCCAAAAUCAAGUAUUUGUAAAAGAGUAAUUGGUUUGGAAGGAGACAAAAUUCUCACCAGUAGUCCAGCAGGUUUCUUUAAAAACCAUAGUUAUGUGCCAAAGGGUCAUGUCUGGUUAGAAGGUGAUAAUCUACAGAAUUCUGCAGAUUCCAGGUACUAUGGACCUGUUCCAUAUGGACUAAUAACAGGACGAAUCUUCCUUAAGAUUUGGCCUCUGAAUGAUUUUGGAUUUCUACGUGAAAGCCCUAAUGGUCACAGAUUCUCUGAUGAGUAGCAUUUAUUCUCUUGAUUUGAUUAUUCUGUUCAAAUGAGUUUACUGUCACUAAAACCAUGUACUUACUAAUAAACUAUUUGUUAUCAA